AUUAUCAUUUGCUCCGUCUUUUAUUCGUGCCAUUAAAGUUUCAGACAAAUUAUGGAUGUCACAUGUGUAAUGAUCUCUAACCAAUUAAAUAACCCACAUUAAAUAGUCAAUGAAACAAUAAUUAAGGAAUUUUUAGGAAAAUUUAACAGAAAAUUCUAAUUGAGCAUGAUUUUAGACACAGACACAUCGAGUUCAGACACAAAAAUUAAAGAUGACAAUCAUAAAAUAAAAUAUUCCAAGACCAAGGCCUUAUACGUCGGCAUAAUGUGUUUUGCUACUAAUUGUCUAAGCUCGGUCACUCUGGAAGCUAAUUCACGUAGUCCAUUUCGUUCUAUCUCACCAGUGAGACCUGCGGUUUUUAAUAAUUUAUUCCGCCGAAAUUACAAUUUGAGAAUUAAGGUAAUGGUGGGGGAUAUACUUGCAGCGUUAGUAUCAACGACAAUGCUAACAAUCGGCGAUAUGUAUGGAAUACCGUAUCUUUAUUUGCCAUGGCUAGUCAAUACCAUCAGAGGAAUGGCUCUUUACGAAGGACCGGCUCUUUUCGGAUUGGCAUAUACCGUGUUACCCAAUGCGAACUUGUUUACAGGAUUAUUUAUGUUUACAACACUGCUUUUGUGUGUAGAAGAAGUGUGUAUCUGGAAAGAUGUUUUCGUGAAUUUUGAACGUUGCUGGACAAAAUAUAAUAAAAAUAAAAAACUGAAAGAGAAUACGAAAUCGUCAGAGGUGACAAAUAGAAAAUUAUGCAACGAAAUUAAAGAAAGCAAAAAUAUUAUCGAUGAAAAUAUAGUUUUACAAAAAUUAACGACAGACCAGCAAGAUUCUACUCAUUUCAAUGAAUCUAACGAUCAGAAUAUUAAUGAGUCCGUCGCAAAGACUAUGGAAAAUAAUGAAUCGAUUAAAAAUUGUUAUAGCAAAAGCCCAGUUACAGAAGUCACUGGCUAGAUCAAUAAAUCAAUAAUUCUGAAAUAAAUU